AUGACGGGCGGAAGGUUCGACUUCGACGAUGGCGGCACCUACUGCGGCGGCUGGGAGGAGGGCAAGGCGCACGGGCAUGGCAUCUGCACGGGGCCCAAGGGCCAGGGCGAGUACUCUGGCUCCUGGUCGCACGGCUUCGAGGUGGUCGGAGGCUACACCUGGCCCAGCGGCAACACCUACCAGGGCUACUGGGCUCAGGGCAAGCGGCACGGGCUGGGGGUGGAGACGAAGGGCAAGUGGAUGUACCGGGGGGAGUGGUCACAUGGUUUCAAGGGGCGCUACGGGGUCCGGCAGAGCCUGUCCACCCCCGCCCGCUACGAGGGUACCUGGAGUAACGGGCUGCAGGACGGGUACGGCGUGGAGACCUACGGGGACGGAGGUACCUACCAGGGCCAGUGGGCUGGAGGCAUGCGGCAUGGCUAUGGCGUGCGCCAGAGUGUGCCAUAUGGCAUGGCCACGGUGAUCCGCUCCCCACUGCGCACCUCGCUGGCCUCACUGCGGAGCGAGCAGAGCAAUGGCAGUGUCCUGCAUGACGCUGCCGCCGCUGCUGCAGACAACCCGGCUGGCACCAGAGGUGGCUUCGUGCUUAAUUUCCACGCGGACACAGAACUGGGCAAGAAGAAGGGUGGCCUCUUCCGACGGGGCUCCCUGCUUGGCAGCAUGAAACUGCGCAAGUCCGAAUCCAAGUCUUCCAUCUCCAGCAAGCGCAGCUCCGUCCGCAGCGAUGCAGCCAUGAGCAGAAUCAGUUCCAGUGAUGCCAACUCCACCAUCAGCUUCGGUGACGUUGACUGUGAUUUUUGCCCUGUGGAAGAUCACGUGGAUGCCACCACCACGGAAACCUACAUGGGCGAAUGGAAGAAUGAUAAGCGCACCGGCUUCGGCGUCAGCGAGCGCUCCAAUGGCAUGAAGUACGAAGGCGAGUGGGCCAAUAACAAGAGGCAUGGGUACGGCUGCACCGUGUUUCCCGAUGGCUCCAAGGAAGAGGGAAAAUACAAAAAUAAUAUCCUAGUCCGUGGAAUAAGGAAGCAGCUUAUACCAAUCAGAAAUACAAAAACUCGGGAGAAGGUGGAUAGAGCAAUUGAAGGCGCACAAAGGGCUGCCGCCAUGGCCAGAACCAAAGUGGAAAUAGCAAACUCAAGGACUGCACAUGCCAGAGCGAAAGCUGACGCUGCUGACCAGGCUGCCCUGGCUGCCCGCCAGGAGUGUGACAUUGCAAGAGCCGUGGCCAGAGAACUGUCGCCUGAUUUCUACCAGCCAGGCCCUGAUUAUAUCAAACAAAGAUUUCAGGAGGGGGUAGAUGUUAAAGAAAAUCCAGAAGAAAAGGUACCAGAAAAGCCGCCAUCCCCAAAGGAAUCCCCGCAUUUUUAUCGCAAGGGUACCACACCCCCCAGGUCCCCUGAAGCAAGUCCCAAACAGAGCCACUCCCCCCAGCCUUCCUCCCCAAAACCCAUGAAGAAACAAAACCCUGGCUCAGGGGCAAGACUCAGUCAAGAUAAAAGGAACAUGACUGAGGAGCAGGUGACAGCCAUUGUCAGUAAGCCCUUGAUGUCAAAGGCUCCUUCCAAGGAACUCGGAGCAACCAAGUUCUCUGGCCGCCAUCACGUCCCCAACCCCAGCAACGGGGAGCUGCACUCUCAGUAUCACGGCUACUAUGUGAAACUGAACACGCCCCAGCAUCCUCCGGAAGAUGGGGAGGAUGACGGUGGAGCCAGCCAGUCUUCCUCAGCAUUGGUACACAGGCCGUCAGCUAACAAGUGGAGUCCCCCUAAAUCUGUGACAAAAUCAGUUGCCAAAGAAAGCAAAGCUGAGGCAAAAGCCAAGAAGUCUGAACUUGCUAUACCAAAGAAUCCAGCAAGCAGUGAUUCCUGCCCUUCAGAAAAAGAAGUCAAUUCAGGCCCUAAUUCCAUCAUGAUUGUCCUGGUCAUGCUGUUGAAUAUCGGGCUGGCCAUUCUUUUCGUUCACUUUCUGACUUGAUUGGAAUUAGGCAAGGUAAGCGC